AUGUCAGAAAACAUUAUAACGUCAGAUGGGCUACUAAGUGCCCCUGGCACAAGCAAUGCCUUUGAGAAUGAGGAUAAGAUGGAAGUCUCAUACGACAUCGCUAACGAGGAUGAUCUGCUGCUCGGCAAGUCCGAUGACGAAGAACAAAUCCCUCCGUAUCAAGUGCCUAGAAAACCUAAACAGCCUAAACAGCAACGCCAAAGCCGCGACAGGCGCCCUCAAAGGAGUACCAGCGAACCAAGGACAGAGCAGUACCGAAAACGUCGCCGUCAGUACAGCCCAUCCACAGAGAACCGAAAACGGAGCCGUAGCCUAUCCGCGGAGGACAAGAUUACCCAAGCUGAAGGUGCGAUAAAAGCUUUAAAAAGGCACACGGACAAGGGAACCUGCCCAGAAACCCUACAAUAUAGGGCGAGGGCUAAAAUAACAGCGGACGAGGACUUCAAGAGAGAGAUAAAACAAAUCCGCAAGAACGCGGAGCAAGAAACACUCAAUGCGAUUAUACGAUUCCAUCAACGAGAAAUCGGCCGUUUUAAGGCCGAAGCCAAGAAAGGAAAGCGAGCCACACCGGCUAUAGCACUGAACACUAAGAACUGUAGUACGAUCGAACCAGCGCGCGCAGCGCAAGCUGAAAACAAUGUAACGAUCGAAUCAGUAAAACAAAUUGCUGUUAACCUCCAGGCACAAAUCGCCCAGUUCGGCAAUAUGAUGCAACAACUAGGAGCCAUUGAAAAUAAAGAAGUUCAAAAGUACACAUGUGUAUUCUCUGACUCCCACCACAAACAUGGGGCCAAAAAACAAAUUUUAAAAGCCAAACGGCUAGCAACCAAUAAGCGCAAAGAGCGCAGAAAGGUCAGACGCCAGAAACAUUCAACUAUCACUAUAGAGGCGAACAAAAAACACAUAAAAAACCUCUCAAACAAAGAACUUACAAAUGACCAGAUUAAUUUACUGGCAAAAGGGCUUAAAUUCAUUCCAACACCCGUUGCAAAACAAACACAAAUCAGGCAACAACUCUUGCGUGACUUUGAUCAGUUUGCAAGAAGAAUGCGUCUCAUGUACAUAUUUCGAGGGGAAAACAACGAACCCCAUCCUUACCAUGUCAAAUCUGCAUGGGAACCACCAAUACAACGAUCAGUAGCCCUUGAAAGUUACCUAGAAGAGGUUAAGAGCGACCUUGCAGAAAUAGAAAUAACAAAGCCAAAAAUAAUCUGCCUCCGGCCGAACGUGAGGCUCUGA